ACCAAUGACAUUCCAGCAUGUUCACACGUUCAAAACCGAGGAAGUCGAUGAUGUGUAUAUUUUGUGCUCAACUACUGACGCCGACAUAAUUGUUAAUUUGUCGAUGUUUUGGAGUUGUAUUUUGGAGUCACAUACACGCGACAGGGAGCUAAGUUGACCUCGCUAACGUUAGCUAAUUUACGAGCUGUUACAGUUAGGUGACUGAGCUGACAGUGUUGGUACCGGGCAUGCGGUAAUGUUGACCGUGUUUUCGCUGCAUUCAUCCGCCCUUCGGCUUUCCUAGCCGGGGUGGACAUACAUGGGGAACCGUAUCACUAGAAAAUGGAGGGUUUAAUCGAGGAUCAUCAUGGCUGCUGUGACGGUGUGUCGUUACACCAGCGGCCGUUUCCUCGGAGGAUGGGGCCCGCUGCUGUGUGUCCUCCUCGGCUCUCUGGUGGCAGUCCUGAUGCCCCUGGUGGGGGUGGAGGAUCAAUGCUGCGCCGCCCUGAAGGGCUUCGCUCAGCUCCGCUGCCACCUGUGGGGAAGCUCUCAGCAGCCUCCAGCUGUGCAGUCUACCAGCCUCACUGUCCCCUUUACUGCCCUUGAUCUGCUGCCUCUGAGGUCCAAGCCUAGCAAAGAAAUGGAGCUGGAGGCCAAGGCGGCGCUGCAGCUGGCUCUGGAGAUGAAGAAACUGGGGAAGAGGGAGAAGGCUCACAAGCUGCUGGUGCAUGCACUCAGCAUGAAUCCGGACUAUGUGGAUGCCCUAACCGAGCUGGGGACCAUUCUGGAGGAGGAGAAAGAUGUUGUCCAGGCAGACCACCUCUACACUAAGGCCUUGGCCAUCUCACCGUGUAAUGAGAGAGCUCUGGUCAGCCGGGAUCGAACUCUUCCCUUGGUGGAAGAGAUUGACCAGCGUUACUUUGGCAUCAUUGACAGUAAAGUGCGGCGGCUUAUGUCCAUUCCUAAAGGCAACUCUGCACUCCGCCGGGUGAUGGAGGAAACCUACUACCACCACAUCUACCACACGGUGGCCAUUGAAGGCAGCACGCUCACUCUGUCUGAGAUCCGUUACAUCAUCGAGACGCGUUAUGCCGUCGCUGGGAAAAGCCUGCAGGAGCAGAACGAGGCCAUCGGAGUGGAUGCAGCCAUGAAGUACAUCAACACCACACUGUUGUCCAGAUCAGGAACCAUGACUGUCAGUGACAUCCUGGAGAUUCACCGGCGGGUGCUCGGCUACGUGGACCCCGUGGAGGGAGGGAGGCUGCGCACCAGCCAGGUGUUUGUGGGCCAUCACAUCCCCCCACACCCUCGGGACCUGCAGAGACACAUGCAGGAGCUGGUUCAGUGGCUCAACUCUGAGGAGGCCCUGCAGAUGCACCCUGUGGAGUAUGCAGCUCUCGCCCACUACAAACUGGUGUAUGUGCACCCAUUUGUAGACGGCAAUGGACGCACAUCCCGGCUGCUCAUGAAUCUUGUUCUCAUGCAAGCGCGAUACCCACCGAUCACCAUUCGCAAAGAACAAAGGGCUGAGUAUUAUGCAGCUCUAGACACAGCCAAUGAGGGUGAUGUGCGGCCCUUCAUUCGCUUUAUAGCCAAAUGUACAGAGAUGACAUUGGACACAUUGUUGAUUUCUACCACAGAGCACGCUGUGGGGCUGCCGGGAGCCAGUCAGGACCAAGCCUGUCCCGACUGCAAACAGACCAUCCCGAUUCACAACUGAGCUGAAGACGGGGAGAGAAUCUAAAAACUCUUAUUACGUGUUGAAUUGCCUUGUCCUGGCCAUACUCCACCGGUAUCACACCCAUGCUUCAGUUUGGGUUGUAGACCUGCUGAAUUAUUUGAAACUGUUGCAGGAUGUUGAAUUGAAAUUGGAUUUUGCCAUUUAGGUUUGCUUUUUAAUUAAAAGAAACCUUUUCCCA